AUGUACUAUAUUAAUGGUCCUCUUCAUAGAGCUUGUGUCCUUGAAUAUCUUCCAGCAAUUCAAUGGUAUUCGAAUAAGUAUCCACAUUUUCACGAAGAACAAGGCAUUGAUUGUGGUUAUCCUUUAGAAAUUGCGAUUGAGAAUAGAAAUACUAUUAUUUUUGAGUGGAUAUUCAAUAAUUGCAAUUUAUCGAGUAAUGUGUUGAGUAAUGCAUUGGUGACUGUGGCUGAUAUUAAUGGCAGUGCCGAGUGGGCUCAAAAUCUCAUUAAAAAAGGGGCAUCCAUAGAAUUCGUUCAAAAGUAUGCAAAGGAAAAUGGUAAACAACAUUUAAUUACAUACAUUAACAAAAACUGUGAAGACAACAAAUCUUGGAAUUUCUUUAAAUUUUUCAACAAUAAAUGA